AUGGGCAACGAAGCUCUGGACGUGAACCGCGUCGUCGCACCCCAGCCGGACCUGGGUAUCACCACCCAUGGCUCGGACUGGCUAUACACCGUGUGCGCCAUCAUGUCCGUGUCCUGCCUCGCGACGGUCGCCCACUCCAUGACCGUCCCGCACAGCCGACGCCUCUUCCACCAGAUCACGGGCGUGCUGCUCCUCGUGGCCGCCAUCGCCUACUUCAGCAUGGCCUCCAACCUGGGCCAGGUGCCCAUCCAGGCCGAGUUUGUGCGGCCCGGGUCGAGCCAGGUCGGCGCCGCGGGCACGCGCGAGAUCUUUUACGCGCGCUACAUUGACUGGUUCGUCACGACGCCGCUGCUGCUGACGGACCUGCUCCUCACGGCGGGCGUGCCCUGGUCGACCAUCAUGGCGACCAUCCUGGCGGACGAGAUCAUGGUCGUCUGCGGCCUCAUUGGCGCCCUGACCCAGACCCGGUACAAGUGGGGGUACUGGGUCUUUGGCAUGUUCGCCUUCUUCUACGUCGUCUACAACAUCCUCGUCGUCGGCCGUCGCGGCGCCACCGUGCUCGGCGGAUGGGCGCGCACGACGUACUACGCGUGCGGCGUCCUGACCAUCUUCCUGUGGUUCCUCUACCCCAUCGCCUGGGGCGUCUGCGAGGGCGGCAACGUCAUCCACCCGGACUCGGAGGCCAUCUUCUACGGUGUCCUCGACGUCCUGGCCAAGCCCGUCUUCUCGGCCAUCCUGCUCUACGGCCACACCAAGAUUGACUUUGCCGCCCUAGGCCUGGGCGUGCGCGAGCCCGGGCACCCCAACGGUCAUGCGCACCAUGAGAAGGCGGCGAUGGCCGGUUACCAGAACGGUGCGCACAGUGGUGCCUCGAAUGCCUCGAAUGGUGCUCACAAUGGGGCGUCCAACGGUGCCUCGACAGCCAACGGUGCGCAGCCCCCCGUUGCGGCUGGCGUCGCUGUGGCCGCUCUGGACAAGCCUCUCCGCUCCGUCACUCCGCAUCCGCAUCCGCAUCCGCAUCUUAUCGCAUCGCAUCGCACAAUGACACUCCCCUUCCACGCCGACCACAUUGGAUCGUUGAUCCGGCCAGAGUCACUGGCCAACCCAGACCAGCAGGACCCGGACACUCUGGCGGCAGCGCAAAGGUCGGCCAUCAAGGACAUUGUCGACCUCCAGCGGGCCAACGGCAUCCGCGCCCUGACGUCGGGCGAGUUUGACCGCAAGUACUACUGGUCCGGCUUCUUUGAGAACCUCGGGGGCUUCCGCGAGGUGAGCCCCGUGCCAUGGGAGCUCGCACGUCUGUCGGCGCCCCCCAUUGCGGCGCUCAAGAAGACGGGCCGCCAGUAUCCCCAUGCCGCCGUGUGCGAGGGCAAGAUCACGUACGACAAGAGCCCCUACCUCGAGAGCUGGAAGAUGCUCCGCGACAACCUGCCCGAGGCGGAGUGGAAGGAGUGCAAGUUCACCAUGCCGCCGCCGUGCUACUUCCACCUGCGUCUCGCGCCGGGCAAGUGCUACGCCUCGUCGGCCUACGACUCGGACGAGGCCUUCUUCACCGACCUGGGCAGCGCGUACCGGCAGGAGAUCAAGACGCUCCACGCGGCCGGUCUGCGCAACCUGCAGAUUGACGACCCGACGCUCGCCUACUUCUGCUCCGAGGCCAUGGUCGACAGCCUGCGCGGGGACGGCAUCGACCCGGACAAGCUCUUUGACCUCUACCUCUGGGCGCACAACGAGUGCAUCCGGGACCGGCCCGCCGACAUGCACGUCGGCCUGCACAUUUGCCGGGGCAACUUUUCAAAGUCCAUGCACUUUAGCGAGGGCUCGUACGAGCGCAUCGCCCAGCGCUUCUUCGAGACGCUCGACUACGACACCUUUUUCCUCGAGUACGACAACCCGCGCUCCGGCGGCUUCGAGCCUCUGCGCUUCCUGCCCCGGCACAAGAACGUCGUCCUCGGCGUCGUCACCACCAAGGCGCCCGAGCUCGAGGAUCCAGAGGCCAUCAAGGCCAAGGUCCUCGAGGCGGCCCGCAUCAUCGCCGACGGCCAGGGACGGACGGUCGAGGAGGCCAUGGGCAGCAUCGGCAUCAGCCCCCAGUGCGGCUUUGCCAGCGUCGCCAUUGGCGCGGACGGCAUGACCGAGGACAAGAUGGUGCAGAAGCUGAAGCUGGUCAAAGAUGUCGCCAGCCAGCUCUGGCCAGGCCGUCACUAA